UGUCGUUUUUCAAAUGGGCGUAUAAAAUCAAACUCUUACAGGAAUUCCAUUUCGCACAUUCAACUAUCUCAAAUCUCAACAAAAUAGUACUAGGUUGUAUGCAGAGAUCAUGAUUCGAUGAGUCUCCUAGCCCAAGAGCCUAAUCCUUAGGCAGGACAAAAGGAAGGACAAAUGCUGGAUCCUGUCCAUCCGGCUUAUUGGGAGUCGUUUUCAUUCCUCUCACCUCUCCAGAUUUUUUCCAAUCCAUUGUUCUUCGUUUUAAGAACGAAAGUCAAUGUCAAUGAUUUUUUGUGUUGUGUCUUGCGGGAAAGAACUAAGAUGGAAGGACGGACGAUCGACAGGAAAUAUAGUGACUGCCCUAUCCCUCCCUUGAUGGACCCCUCUAAUUUGGUCAAUUUGAAUCUUGUGAAACUUAGGCAGGGGAACAUGGUAAAGUAUCCAUUUUUAGAAUGUUCAUCCUUUCAGCCUCAACAAUUGCCUCUUACCUGCCUCUGUUUUCCCCACCCCAUCAAUCAAGAGGCCAAUACCAACAUCAUCUUUUUCUGCUGA